UUGUGGUUACUUGAAAAUUUAAUUUUUUAUUUAACGAUGGACCAUGGACCAUCGUCAGGUGACCGAGUUCUUGUGAUACGGGCCCAGAUGUUGAAAAAUUUGAAAAAAACCUAGAGUAAUUAUUCAGGGAAAUACUUCUAUCAUUAAAAUAAAUUUUUUUAUUAAAAAUUAGAUGAAUCCAUCGAUAACUCAAACGAUCAACAAAAAUUUAUUAAUUAUAUCAAUUCAAUUCUCAAAACACUCAUUCAAUUUUUUGGCGGUGAUGAAAAUACAGAUUUAAAUUCAAUAAUAGAAACCUAUCAAAAUCCUCAAGUUUCAUCUAAUUUUAAUGUUAUAACAACAACAAAGAUGAAACAGCAUCGAAAUGUUUUGUUAAAAUAUUUACCUCCAUUGAUCUCCACACUCCUUGAGAAUUUCAUUUGUGCAUCUAUUAAUUUAGCAAAUUUUGUCAAAAUAAUAGUCUCAAACGUCUCUGCAAGCAUUACUUCCCAUUAUGAAGAGUUGAUACCUUUCUUGGGUACAAUUAUUAAUUCGGAGCUUUUUAGUGAUUUUAAAAGCCGUUCUUUGCUUUUGGAACAAUUUGUAGACCAAUUAUUAUCUCAAAUGCAACCCCUUUCAAUUAAUCGAGAAAAUAACCAAAAAAAUAUUUUACAAAGACGUGCUUCAAUCACUGCUGUUUUUGUAGAAGAAAAUAGCCAGUCUUUAGGCAAUCAACCUGAAGCUGUUGAAAUCUCUGCAAAAAUUCUUACAGAGCUAAUCGAACGUUUAUUUCCACAUCAAAAAGGCGCCAAUUUUGGACAGAUGGGAACUAGUUCUGAAUUAGAAUUAAUUUUACAAAAAACACUUCGUCCGGUUAUUCAAACAAUGGUCACUUUAUUAGGCGAUCCUCAAUUACAACGACCUCUACAUUCUCUUUUACUCGCUAUUUUGGAUAAAUUAUCUGCACAACAUUUUUCAAAAUAUUUUUCAAAAUUGGAACAUACUUUGAAUAAGAUUGACGCUCUUUCCGAAAUGCUUCAUAUGUUUCGAGAUCUUCUAUCUCGAUGCCCUGCACCUAAAGAAUGGUCACAAAUUCGUUUAACUCAAACAAAAAUUUUUCUAAAAAUUCUUCGCUUCUCGAGUGCUUAUUUACAACACAAAUUCUCUUCUGAAAUUAAUUUUUCUGGCCAAUUAUGGUUAGAAUGUAUGUAUAGCUGUGUUGCUGUAAUUAAAUGGGCAUGUUUAGAGAAAGUUUUCUCCCGACAAAAAAGGGAUAAUAGACGAAGCUAUUUGAACAGAGAUUAUUACAAUAUAUGUAAAAUUUCUGUUAGAAUUUUAUUGUCCUUGUGGCACUCACUUAGUCCAGACCAGAAAAUUCAGUUAAUGCCUGAAAUGAUUAGUCCUUUACUUGAGUUAUCUCUUUGUAAUAAUUCACAUAUACGUCUUUUAAUUACUCCAAUAUUUUUUGAUAUUUUAUAUACAGAAUAUUUUAUACAAAAUACAAAAACAUUAAUUACCCCUUCAGAAGUUGUUUUAAGAAAAACUUUUUUCCAAAAACAAACUCAACAACAAAAUUUAAAUAAAAGUUUAUUUUUUGAAGAAUUUGUUAAGAGAUUGGAUAUUGCUUUAGAUGAAGCUAAAGAUGAUUUUUUGUUUGGGGAAUUUAAGAAAACCUUAAAUGAAAUAUUUGAUGAAAAAAUAAUUACUCUAGAAAGUGAAGAAAUUAAUGCUGUAAAUGUUGUUGACUCCUUGGCGAGUAUAACUAGAUUUUUUGUUAAGGUAAAAUAUUUUAAUUGA